AUGGCGGCUUUAUUUAAAGUUCGUUACGAACAUAUUACGUUAAUAUUUGGAGCUUAUAGUUCUGUCAUCUUGAUAAUACUAACUGUAGUAACAACGUCUACAUCACAACCAUUUACACAACCGUUUAUAGAGAAUAUGACAGACAACCUAACAGAUUGUGGACUCGUGCCAGAAGUUCUAAAUGGUAAUACUAUUCUCGCAUUUGAGGGAUAUACACAGUUAGGUGAACGAGCUGUUGUUGAAUGUGACAAAGGAUAUCACAUAAAUGGUACCUUGUCGAAGUUUGGUUUCAUCUUCUGUCGACAGCCAGGUACAUGGGAUUUACGUACCUGCAGUAUCUCAGACUGCAGAUCUCCACCAAACGAUACGUUAAAUGGAGAGUUUAUACUUGACGAGGAAGGAGUAACGACAUAUGGAGCAAACGCUACAUUAACUUGUAUAGAAGGUUAUGAAAGCAAUGACUCUGUGAUAACUUGUGAGGAAUUUGAUACCUGGUCAAAAUAUGAACCGUGCUUAAUGAAAGAUUGCAAAACAGUUCCAAUUAUAGAAAGGGGGACAAUUAUGCCGAUUGACAGUGACAACACAACCUAUGGUGCUGUUGCAAAAGUGACAUGUAUCUCUGGAUACAAUUCGAGUAAAGAAUAUAUCCAGUGUCUUAGUAACGGAACCUGGGAAAUUGUAACUUGUGAAAAAAUAGAUUGUAGACUCGUGCCAGAAGUUCUAAAUGGUAAUACUAUUCUCGCAUAUGAGGGAUAUACACAGUUAGGUGAACGAGCUGUUGUUGAAUGUGACAAAGGAUAUCACAUAAAUGCUACCUUGUCGAAGUUUGGUUUCAUCUUCUGUCGACAGCCAGGUACAUGGGAUUUACGUACCUGCAGUAUCUCAGACUGCAGAUCUCCACCAAACGAUACGUUGAAUGGAGAGUUUAUACUUGACGAGGAAGGAGUAACGACAUAUGGAGCAAACGCUACAUUAACUUGUAUAGAAGGUUAUGAAAGCAAUGACUCUGUGAUAACUUGUGAGGAAUUUGAUACCUGGUCAAAAUAUGAACCAUGCUUAAUGAAAGAUUGCAAAACAGUACUGGUUAUAGAAAGGGGGACAAUUAUGCCGAUUGACAGUGACAACACAACCUAUGGUGCUGUUGCAAACGUGACAUGUGACUAUGGAUACAAUUCGAGUAAAGAAUAUAUCCAGUGUCUUAGUAACGGAACUUGGGAAAGUGUUACUUGUAAAAAAAUAGAUUGUGGAGAUGUUCCGUUAUUAGAUUAUGGAAGCAUAGCUUUGCAAAUUGACGGAAAUAGCUCAUAUGGUGCUCUAGCUAAUGUGACAUGUGAUACGGGUUAUAACACAACAUUACAUACCAUACAGUGUCAGAUAACAGGACAGUGGCAGGACACAACAUGUACUGUUGUUGAUUGUGGAGAUGUGCCGUUUAUAAAUGAUGGAAAUAUAUUUUUGCAAGAGGAGGGAAAUAGCUCAUACGGCGCCUUAGCCAAAGUAACAUGUAACACAGGCUAUAACACAACGUCAGAUACUAUACAGUGUCUUGAUACAGGGGAAUGGGAUAACAGGACUUGCACUAUUGUUGAUUGUGGAGAUGUGCCGUUUAUAAAUGAUGGAAACAUAUUAUUACAAGAGGGUGGAAAUAGCUCAUACGGCGCCUUAGCCGAAGUAACAUGUAACACAGGCUAUAACGCAACAUUAAACGCCAUAGUUUGUCAGGACACAGGGGAAUGGAACAACAUCACUUGCAAUAUUAUUGACUGUGGAAAUGUCCCAUCAGUUUUGAAUGGACGCAUAGAACUUAAUGAAGACGGGAAUACCUCAUACGGUGCUUUAGCUGAAGUAAUAUGUGACACAGGUUAUAACAAAUCGCGAGAUAUUAUAGAAUGUCACAAUACUGGCGAAUGGGAUAAACCUACAUGUGAUCUUAAAGAUUGUGGAACUGUUCCGUUGAUUAAUGGUGGAUCCAUAACCUUAAACAAGGCUGUAAAUAGCACUUAUGGUGCUAUUGCAGAAGUUAGAUGUAACACCGGCUAUAACACAACCUUACCUACCAUAGAGUGUGGCGAUAAUGGGAAAUGGGAUAACACGACUUGUGAUAUUGUUGACUGUGGAAAAGUACCAUCAAUAUCGAAUGGAAGCAUAGACCUUAUAGAAGAUGGAAACACAACUUACGGCGCUUUAGCGGAAGUGACAUGCGACACAGGUUACAAUGGUACGCUAAAUGUAAUAGAAUGUCGCGACACCGGGGAAUGGAAUGUUACUGAAUGUAAUUUGAUAGAUUGCGGAAAUGUUCCACAGCUAGAUAAUGGCAAUGUAGUGUUAAAAGUGGAUGGACUGAGCUCUUAUGGCGCAGAUGCAGUUGUUACAUGUGAACAAGGCUAUAAUGCUACUUCAAAAACAAUACAAUGUCUUGACACUGGAAAAUGGGAUAACAUUAGUUGCGGAAUAGUUGAUUGCGGAGAAGUACCUGUUGUUACAAAAGGUACUGUCACUCUUCUAGAAGUAAAUAACACAACGUAUAGCGCUCUUGCAAACAUUAGCUGUGAAACAGGUUACAAUGCAAGCAUAGGCAUAAUACAAUGUCUAGAAACGGGACUCUGGGAAACAACUGGAUGUCAGAUACUAGAUUGCGACGCUGUGCCAGACGUUUUAAAUGGGAUUGUGGCAUUACAAGAAGCUGAAAAUACUACAUAUGGUAAAUUAUCCGAGGUUAUAUGUAACGUUGGCUACAAUGCAACCUCCGAAACAAUACUUUGUCUAGAAACAGGAAAAUGGGAAACUCCACAGUGUGAAAUAUUAGAUUGUGAGGCUGCUCCGGUCAUCGCUAAUGGACAAAUUACUCUUACACAAGAUGGAAAUACCACGUAUGGUGCAAUAGCGAGUGUAUCAUGUUCAACAGGAUAUAACGCGACAGUAGACACAAUACUGUGUCUAGAAACAGGCGAAUGGGACAAUGCAACAUGUGAUUCAAUAGACUGUGGAAACCUACCAUCAAUAUCGAAUGGAAGCAUAACCCUAAUAGAAGAUGGAAACACGACUUACGGCGCUUUGGCAGAAGUGAUAUGCGACACAGGUUAUAAUGAGACGCUAAAUAUCAUAGAAUGUCUGGACACCGGGGAAUGGGAUGUUACUGAAUGUAAAUUGUUAGAUUGCGGACAUGUUCCACAGCUAGAUAAUGGCGCUGUAGAGUUAAAAGUGGAUAGACUGAGCUCUUAUGGCACAGAAGCAAUUGUUACAUGCGAACAAGGCUAUAAUGCUACUUCAAAAACAAUACAAUGUCUUGACACUGGAAAAUGGGAUAAAAUUAGUUGCGAAAUAGUUGAUUGCGGAAAAGUACCUGUUGUUACAAAAGGUACUGUCACUCUUCUAGAAGUAAAUAACACAACGUAUAGCGCACUUGCAAACGUUAGCUGUGAAACGGGUUACAAUGCAAGCAUAGGCAUAAUACAAUGUCUAGAAACGGGACUCUGGGAAACAACUGAAUGUCAGAUACUAGGUAUAUGA